AUGAUCAUUCUCUUCCAUUUCUUCUUUUUAUUCGCAAUAAAUUCUCAAGUGACGGGUUACGGAAAGUCGAGAAUAACGUGGCACGAUUCAAAGUCAUGCGCGUGGACGAAAUCUGCCGGAGUCGACGGAAUUAAUCCGAAAGAAGUGAGGAAUUCCAUUGGAAAGGAGUACAAUUGCGGGGUCAUGGGCAUCGGAGUUGUGCAGAAAAUUCCGUAUGACGAAAGUCAGGAUCAGCUGCACGUGGUUUUCUCAUCGGCCUGCGUGAAAUGUGGCCUCUGUAUUGCAAUCGCUGAUAAGAUUAAUAAAAGUCUGGUUGCGUUGCACGAGGCGAUAUCAUGUAAUCGAUACAUUAUAAGUGCGGAAGCUGAGGUCAGGAUGGGGACAUUUUGUGCAGAUUCUUUCUCGGGAUUCAGAUUGAGGGAAGUUCGUGGGAGAAGAUACAUUGGGGACAACGUGCCGGGUUCAGUCGUCAUUAAAUCCACUGGUGAUGGGCUGUGGCCACAAAAAUUGAAAGACAAAUGCGAGGAGAUUUUCAGUUCAAUCGAACAAGAACAUCUGUUGAAAUAUCUGAGGGACCGAUGUAAGACUCGUAAUGCCGAUUUACGGGACAUUUUUUGCCACGGGAAGAUGGGAGCAUCGAGAGACUGCCGAGGAAUAUUCAUUCCUUGACAUAAAAACCCAACAUUUCUCAAUUUUUUAUUUUUUUCGACAUGGAAAAUGAAGUAAAUUAUUAUUAUUUUUUUUUUUUCAAGAUGUAAAACUAAAAGUAGCAUCAAUGAAUGAAUAAAUAUCUAUCAAUUUUUUUUUAUUAUUCAUCACAAAACCGGUUGGUUUAUACAGCUAUAAAAAUUGAUAAAUAAGAAUUAUAAAUAUAAACAUAUGGCUUUUUAAACAAUGUU